AUGCGCAAGCGACCACGAGAUCGGUCUGGCUAUGACCCGAACAGGUACAUACCCGCAUCUCAAGCAGCGGGUGUCCAGAGAAGGACUACCCGCAAGCCACCUCGAUAUCGUGAUGGCUAUAAUGCAGAUGACUACGUACCUGCCUCGCAGGUAGGCGUCAGCGUAGCAAACACUAUGUACAAGCGGGUGCGAACAGAUAGCGAUAUACCGGAGACACCAACACAAACGAUCCCAAAAUCUGGACCAAGCAAUUCCGCACUCCACUACAAGUCUUCGGAGUCGACCAAGCGACGAAAAUUGAGCCAUAUAGUUUGCCCAGGACCCGCAUACCCUCUCUCGGCCUACGAAGGUGGUGACUCGCAUCCACCCAUCAGCUCGGAACGAGACGCACUCAAGGAUCUUCUAAAAGCGCAUGGUGAACUUCAUGCAGAAGCCCUGGAGCCACCGGAGUAUGUCUACUGCGAACUUGGCCAUUUCAGCAUAUACAAGCCGGACGACGUGAGGGGCAAUGCUAGGUAUCGUGGCGAGCUUGUUACGCUGGACCGACUCCUGCGCUAUGGAGACGGCUGCGAAACGUAUGUAUUCGAUGGCAUUCUUUCCUGUGGACAGGAGCAGCGAUGGGUGCAAGGAGUCCACUUCAAUGUCAUGGCCAUUGCUGGUUAUGGAGAAGAUUCCAUGGAUCCGGCAGUUGAACAGAGUAUCACAAUUCAGAGCAAGCUUGCGAGCCAUAUAAAUGUAUGGUAUCGAUUGGGUGUGCCGUCCACGGAGUACACUCGCUUCUACCAACCAUUCAUUUGGCUUGUGCAGUUCACGAGGUUCUUUGCGGAUUAUUUGCUGGAGACCGAGUGUGUGACGCUUGAUCACUUCAAACGAGAUGGCCAAUUUGCAACCUGGCUGAGGUCAGUGCAUGGGAGAGACAGCCGCUUCGCGAAGUGGCACGCCGAUUGCGGCAACCUCGAAAACUUCAGGACCUCUGUAGCCGCCAAUAUUGGCUUCCUACACAAGGAAUGCUAUAGCAUCGCUUCGGUCGAGCUAGGCAAGCAUCCGAUCUGGAGUGAGGUCGAUCCUCUGCGGCUAGACGCGAUCCCAGCACGAGACAGCAUACACACAAAAACGGUUGUUACACCAUUCGUACGCAGAUGCUUCCAGGACAUGUACUUUGCCAGGAAGCUCGUCGAAAUUGAAGUCACCAAUUCCGAGAUCCGCGCCAAAGUUCAGCAACUGAAAGCCAGGCACCAAUUGACUCCGUGGAGCCAUGAGAACGGAGUCGGAAUCGCUGCACUUCCUACACCGCAAAGUCUUUCGCCUGGACGAUCGAAUAGUCCGGACCCGCUAGACGUGCGAGCCGGGGAUGUGGUGGCAAUCGAGCCCGACGUUGAUGGACACUGGAAAUCUUCUGAUGACGUCUGGUAUGCCUACGUCCAGCGGGUGCGCCAGAACGAAAAGAGCGGCGAGGCUGUUCUCGACGUGCUCUGGCUAUACAGACCAUCCGACACGACUCUUGGAGCGGCCUCUAAUUACCCAUUUCCUAAUGAGCUGUUCUUAUCCGACAAUUGCAGCUGCCGAAAAGAAGCUAUACCACUUCACUCUGUCUUGGCUAAAGUCAAGCUGGCGUGGAAUGUAAUCGAUCCAUCUAGCGCGACGACUCUGUUCGUGCGUCGCAAGUUCCGCACGGUGCAUGAGGACGACCACUAUAGUUUCGAGACUAUUGACGAUGCUGAUUAUACUUGUCUAUGCAGCAAGCCAAUCUGCGCAUGGGAUGACUGUCUUGCCCAGUACCGGCUAGGCGACACGGUGCUGGUGUUGCUGGCUGGUGGAACCGCUUCGCCUGUCGAUGGUGUACCGUCCAAUGAUAGCAAUAAUGAGACCGAGUCAGAGGCUUCGAUAGGCCGUGCGGACUUCCUUGAGCCUGCACAGAUCGUCAAUUUUGACCAUGCUACACACCGGAUUCUCAUCCGACUAUUCGUGAGCAGGGACAUCGAGGAGCCUGCGGCUAGGAAGAAUGAACUCUCCUUUUCCGACAAGUACCGCAGAAUCACACCUUCCAGUAUCGCACGCAAGUGUUAUAUGCUGGUACUUGGCCUCGAUGAGCAUGUUCCUGCUCCGUAUGAUCGUAAUGGGGCAGGCGAUUGCUACUAUCUCCGCUCGAAGCCCAUUGACUCAGAUGGCGAGCGAAGGCCAGAGUCCAUAAAACUCGUCUCACCACCAUUGAACCAAGGCUGGGAUCCUAGAAGACCGCGACCUAAGCUCAGGGGCCUGGGUAUCUUCUGUGGUGGUGGCAACUUCGACCGCGGGCUCGAAGAUGGCGGAGCGGUCGAUUUCAAGUAUGCUGUGGAUUGGGCGGAACAUGCUCUGCAUAGUUAUCGUGCGAAUGCACGCCAUGCGGACGCGAAGUACUACCUCGGAUCUGUGGACGACUAUCUAGCAUCUGCCAUACAGGGCGCAGCUUGCGACGACGUUGCUGGAGUCGGCGACCUCGACGUGAUCAGUGCGGGAAGCCCAUGUCCUGGAUUUUCGGACCUCCAGACUAACAAAUACUCCGAGCAGUCGUUGAAGAACGCAUCUAUGGUCGCGAGUGUACUCGCAUACGUCGAUUUCUACGUGCCCACGUACUUGAUACUCGAAAACGUUGUUAGCAUGACGAGGAGUAUGGGCGUAGACAAGAAGCAGAACGUGUUCUCCCAAAUGCUGGCUACGCUAGUGGCGAUGGGCUAUCAGGUUCAGCAAUUUCUGAUGGAUGCUUGGACUGUGGGCAGCUCCGAGCAGAGAAGUAGGCUUUUCAUCGUCGCCUCAGCUCCAGGCGUACAACCAUUACCCACGCCACCUCACACUCAUGACCAUCCAGCUUCGACGGAAUUUCGUCUCAGGUCCUUGGGACGAUGCGCGAACGGCCUUUCAUUCGGCACAAGGCGUAACGACUGGACACCUUUCCAAUGUACGACCAUCGCAGACUCUUGUGCGGAUCUUCCGAGCAUCGGGGACGCCCAGGUCCAGCUAUGUCCUGCCUUCCCAGACCACCGUACCCCACUAAAUGAGAGUGGAGCUAGUCGCAGCCGUAUCGCUCUAAUCCCUACACGCCCUGCUGGUCAAUCGCUAGCACUUGCGGUAGCAGAAGGUCGCAUCUCUGGUGGUGAGCCCCAAGCCUACUUCCAGCGCUUGGGUCCUCUAGCAAAGAAGAUUCGCAGCAAGUCAUUCUCUCGUGUCUAUGCCGACCGGCUAAUGCCUACCGUCAUCACAGUACUCUGUCCACGGUGCGCAAAGACAGGCCGAGUGCUCCACUGGUGUGAGCACAGGAUUCUUACUUUAAUGGAAUGCCGACGUGCUCAAGGAUUUCCAGACGAUGAAGUUCUAGUAGGCUCUCCAUUCCAACAAAUGAAGAUUAUUGGCAACAGCGUUAAUCGAUACGUCGCGCUUGCCUUGGGCAUGUCUUUGCGAGAGGCAUGGAGUAAGACUAUGACCAGUAAUCCGCUCGCAGCCUCUUUCGCCUCGGAGUCUUCGAUUCCACUAGAGACAUGCACCAUGCCGCAUGAGUCUGAGGCGCCACUCAAAAAAAGAAUAGCAAUGGUGGUCUUGCCAUCCCAGCUAGACACAAAGCCAAAGAAGCAAGUCAAGCAUGUUCAUCGGGACCGACUCGAGGACAACCCGGUCGUAUUGAGUAGCGAGCAGGUACAGAACAUUCGCAAGCACGGGUUCGACGCCAUGUUGCAAAUGCUACGUAGUCGUGAGCAUCUCGAUGAUGAGGAAGAGUGA